AAUCACCGAAAAAUGACACAGGGAUCAACCUCAAUCACGACAGCUCAAUCUUUUAGUCCAAGAGGAUGAUAUGAUCACUUCAACCCGACCUCAGGCAAUCUAGUCAGAUUUUUAGAUCCAACUUCCACGAGGCAAGCAAAAAUUUCAUGAUGCUCAUCUGAGCAAUCAGAUCAGCCAACAGACUUGAGAUCAGCUGCCGGUUCUAAAUCUGCACAAUUUGAAAGUUUCCAAAUGCGGUUCGGUCUGAUCUGCUAAGGCAUCGUACUCAGUCAAGUCCUUGUGUUUCCUCUACCGAAGUCGCUCAUCUAGAGCUAGAGAGUUUUAAAGUCAAACAAUAAAGCUGGAGAGUUGAAGAGUCAAACAAUUUCGUAAUCCUGCCUUCUAAAAUCAAUGUUGAAAACAGGGAAAACGCACAACCUACCUUCGCGGUUAGUUGUUUUAGUCAGACAAAAACAGAGCCCAAAAUGGAAAACGAAGAGGGACUUCGCGUUGACUUGUACAUCCCGCGCAAGUGCUCGGCCACGAACAAGCUCAUCUCGGCCAAGGAGCAUGCCUCUAUCCAGAUGAACGUCGGACAGGUAUGCACGUUUAAAUUUUAGACUUCCGUCGUAAGAGAUUUAGAUUUGGAUCAUUGUCAUUUUUUGUGCUUGUGCUGUGGACGAAGUUCGUUCGAAUUUUUAGGGACCCGAAAAGCGCAACUUUCAGCAGCACGUUUCCAUACAUAGAUCAGUCGACUCACCUAAGCAUCUCAUCGCAAAGAGUCAUACAAUUCCACUAUUCCCAAAAAUCCACUUGCCUUUACUAAAACUAAUCUUCUCCCAACUAAUCCUCUCCAAAUUUUACACCAUACAGGUCGACAGCGAGGGAAAGUACACGAACGAGUUCUUUACUUUCCACUUGUCCGGCAUGAUCCGCCAGAAGGGCGAGUCCGAUGCCUGCCUCAACCGCCUUUUGUUCGAUAAGGGUUUGAUCACCUUCUCCAAGUAAGGGUCUUGUUGUUGCCAACAUUUCUUGAGGAGACAUGUAAUGGUGCUUUCUAAAGCGAGAAGAAUGAAGGAGGAGACGUGAAGAAGACUCUGGGAGGAACAGGAGGAACUUGAUGUGGCCGGAUGAAGAGAUAAUGCUGCUUCAUGCGGCACUGGACAACAUGAAAAUCACAUUUUCCUGUUGAAGACGAAACGAUCAAAAAGAACCUUGUUUCUCACACUGUCAACUGCUCUGUCUAUCUGACUAAAAAAAGUCUCAAGUCGCAAUAUCGCGACUUCUGUGCUGCUGUGGAGCACCUGCUUUCUGGAGCCGCUUGUGUCUGAAGCGUAAAGCUGUGUG